UAGAGACUUAAGUGUUUAACUCAUUGCAAGUAUACCCUACUGAUACAGAGCACAGGAAAUCACCAUUGGAAGAUCACCUUAGUCUCUUCACCAUUGGAAGAUCACCUCAGUCUCUUUAAUUCCAAGCCUGCUUCUGUUGGAAUAAAGUUGCUGGCCCUGAAGUUCUUGGAAACGUUUGUAUUACUCUUUUCAUCUGACAUCGGUGAUACUGAGAAAUUAGCCACAAAAGGAAUUAGGCAAGCUGUUAAUGUCGAAUGGUUGGUUGGUGGUCACCCUCACCCUGUUCUUGAUCCAGUAGUGCUCAUAUCAGAUGCAAAUAAGACUAUUGGCAUUCUAUUAAAUUUAUUGCUGUUGGUUGGCAGUCUUCCAACUUGCUUGACUAUUACUGUUGUAAAUUGGAACAUUCUGAACAUACUGAUUUGAUUCGUGAUUUUUGAAGCUGAAGGCUUUUUCAUCAUAGUGGGCUUGCUUGUCAGUAACGUGUCAGGAUUAAGGAUCAUGGCCACACCUCCGAGGUCUCCUCCACAGUCUGAUGGUCAAUCAGAGGCCACUUUGAAGCAGAGUAGAACAACGACACGGCUUAGAACAUUGACAUUAAGAACCAUGGAUCAGCCCAGACCGGCAGUUUAUGUCGAUCCCGCUACCGGGAGAGCAUCGGGACCUAUGCGUGAAAAGUUCCAAAGCUAUCUAGGGGUAGUUGCGCGAGAAAAGAUCCCCAUUAUCCACAACAAUUGGAAAGAUGUACCUGAAACUCUUAAGGAGAUAUUGUGGAAUGACAUAUUAGCAAAGUUUGAUAUCCCAGAAGCCGCAAAGGUGAAGACGAAGGUUAUGUCUACGGUUGCGACGAGAUGGCGACAAUUUAAGUCCACAUUGACUAGCAAAUUUGUCUUUGGUAAGACUGAAGGGCAACAAGCGCAGGAUGUUGUUACAAAAUAUGGACUAGAUCCCGAAGCUUGGAAACAAUUUGAAGCAACCCGAUUGACACCUAACUGGGAGCAUGGAACAAAGACUCUGGACAUCUCUGUGUUUGGGAGUGAGGCCAGCUCUGACAACAUUGUCAGAAGUUGCCAUGCAUUCAAUGCACUCACCACAGAUAUAUGCAUGAGGUUCAUUUGCUCCAAGGAAUAAGGCUUCGUCCGGAGCGACUUUCACAUGGUUAACAAAGAAGGCUACUAUGACACCAACAUCAGAUGGACAUUGCUUUUCCAACCACAGUACCAUUUGGUCCUUAUCUGUCAACUGCCUCACCCGAUGAUGCAAAAAAUAAAAAUAUUAUUGUAUUCAUUCAUGACUUUAGCAACAUGUGUGUGUUAACAAAGAAAGAAUACAUAAAUUAUUGUUUCAUAGUAGCAACUUAAAGAGUUUAAUGCAUCUGAAUUCUGAAAUAUGAUCCCAUUCCCAGGUGC